ACUGUGGAAUACUUCACUAGGUCGCGUUCCUUCUUUUCGGGAACGAAUGCUCAAGGUGCAGCGUUCCCCCGUCCCAGAUGCACGAAUUGUUUCUGACAGUGUUGAGUCGGCAGGAGUUGUCGCGAGCGGGCGAAUUAUUCUCCCUGGAAGAUGAGGAGGUGCUACCGUGUGCGUCUGAAGUGCUGCUCAAGAUACGCGACUCGGUCAUUCGACCAACAUACGCCGCAGACGACAAUGCCCAAAGUGUCGUCGAAAUCUGCCUUGCGAGGGUCAUUGCGGCCAUCAGGGACUCGGGGGAGAUGGAAAAAUUCUCGGCCCAGCUGGUAGCUCUGCUGGAAGGCUGUCUGCAACAUGACCUCAAACCAUCCCGCAAAGAUGAACACCCGCCGCAUGCCAAGGUCGCCGCUGACGUGAUGAGCUGUAUAUUUUUGAAACACAACUCUCCUGGACUGAUGAAACGUAGUCUAGGAGUGACAGUUAGGUUUUUGCACCGCGGCAAUCGAGACCUUUCGUUAUCGGUUACUCGGUAUCUCUGCCUCGCAGCAACACAUCACGCGGAUCUUCUGGUUCCGCACAUCCAGCCCAUAGUAGAAAGCAUAAUCAAUGGUAAUUAUGCAUUAUGCAAAGUUUUGCCAUCGAUCUACCAACUGAGGCAGUACGAGUACGCUAUCAACGACCAUCUUUCCGCUCUGCUCUCGAUUCUCCCGCUAUGUGAUCACAAUGAUCGCCUCUCACUCCUCGGACUCUUCGAGCUGAUGGCUAAAAGUGACGCAAGCUUGUUGGACGGCAAUUUGGCACAAUUGACUCAGUAUUUGAGCGAUGAGAGCACAGCUCCGACAGUCCUUAGGAUCUUCGUCGAAGUCUCGAAUUCCGAACCCCAACUCGUCGUGGACAUACUGCCCAAGGUCCAACAAGCCGCUCAGAACAACAGGAAAUUAUUGGCGCUUUUCGCGAGGCUUUACGCAAACGUUGCCAACACGAAUCGGGACAUGGCCCGAAUCAGUCUCGACAUGCUCGCUCUCCAGCUGACGGAUACGGCUCUCGCGUCCCAACAAGUCUGCAUUCUGAAAGAAAUCAAAGCCGUUCUCGACAACACUAACAUCUCGCUCUCGUCGCUGGCCUUGGAGAAAAUCAAUCAAGUUCACUGUGAUCCGACAUCGCCCUCGAUGUUGCAAUUCUACCUGCAGCAGAUCAGACGACAGCAAGGCUCGCUCCGAGACCUCCAUCAUCACCACACUCUACCGUCGAACGUCAUGCUGUCCUCAGCUUCGGGCGCGUCCACAGCCGGAGGUUCUCAGAUAUUCUCGUCGAGACCUUUUUUGGGAUCGAGCCACACCUUACUGAACGGCUCGCUCCCGCAUGUGCACGGCGGGUCCAGGAACGGGAGCCAACAGAUCCACCGCUCGUUGGGAGCGCUCGGGAGCCGAGCGGUUCUGUAUCUGGCGAAGAACAGAGCGCCGCCCUCGGCGAAGAGCAUGUCGAUCCCGGUGCUCAUGGAGGAGCCCAUUCAGAACUCACCGCAAGGCUCGGACGAAAUGACCGCCUCGAGCUCGACUCGCAAGAAGACUCUGAGCAGAGAGAAACUGCGUCAUGCGAGCAAGAACAGCAGCACCGGAAGCGCCAACGUGACGAGUACAACGACAAGCAGCAGUUCGAGCAGUACGAAAGACACGAAGGAUUCUAAAGAGCACGAGCAGGUCGGCUCGUCCUUGAUGCCGUUCGAGCCGAUGAGAGAUACAGUUCAACAUUUUUGUGAGAAGCACCUCGAUAAAAUCAAAGCGUACAUGGAAACGGUUUUAGUCAAACUACCGCUACCUCUGAAAUGCACAAUCGAAGAACGCGGGAACAAGAAAUACGCCAAGUUGCACUUCGGCUGCCAAGGUAAAGGCGAAAAUUGUCUCUACAAUAAAACACUUUUCGUGAGUAAAACGAAGAACGCACAUUUGUGGAUCCACGUGAUGUUCUUGGCGAUUCAAGCGAGGGCGCCAGCCGCAUUGAGCACGAGAGAGCCAUCUCUGAGCGCUCUGAAAAACUGCUGGGAUUCCCUGAAGCAAGACAACCGGAGUUUUUUGACUCUGGUCACGUCUGCUUUCCCCUCUGCAAAGGAUAUGGAGAACUUGAUGUCUGAGCUCCGUGGUCGCCGCUUCCUCGAUGUUUUUGAAUACAACGGAACACGUCAGAUGUGGGCUUGUUUCCUUUGCAAUCAUCCAGAUAGGGCCCAUGGCUUCCUUCAGGAGAGCUUGCCCGUGAUACAAGGCCAGCUGAAGGAGAAGCGUAAAAGGUGGAAACUAUUCCGUCAGUGGCGCACAAAAUAUUUUACACUGUCGGGGGCGAACCUUUCAUGCCGCGAGCUAACGUCGGAUAGUAAGGACACCCCGAUCGGAGAGGUCCAGUCGGUCCGAGCCAUUCAGGGGAGGAAUCGGCACAUUCCCAAGGCCUUCGAGAUUUUCACGGCCGACGACAAGGCUUUCGUCCUCAAAGCGAAGAGCAGCAAACAUACGGAGGAGUGGGUUCAGUGCCUCAGUAUCGCCCUCGCACGCACUCAUGCAACGCAACCGAAUGCUGCCGGCGCGAAGCAGGGCCUGCAUUCCUCUACGAGUAAAAGUAUAACGCAGAUUACGCAACGCCUUUAGCAGGGGACCAAAUCCCGAACAAACUAAGUGCCAUGAUCGGGUGCCGGUGCCAAUGACUCAUGCGAUCGGGAAUCUCAUACAAACACUGGACCACGUAGAGAAGAAUCAGUAUUCGAUUCUGUGUGAAGAUAGAUCGGAAAGGCCCUUCUCCGAGCUUUGUCGGAGAUCAUUGUGGAAUAACUUAUUUGUACAUAAGAAACAUGUUAGGCAACUUUAAUGUUGGUUACGGGGAUAGAAUCUCUCUGGGGGCCCCUGGAGAGCCCGACGGAGAAUCGAAGUACAAAGACAAGUGCUCCAAGGUGUUCGAAAUCAUCCCGAGGCGAUGCCGGAUAUACCGAUCUUGUACGUGGGCAUGACGACGUUCCGCCUGCUUGCGAGCACGGCCGACGAUUCCCUCCAUGGGAUCAGGUGUCGGCCGAUUUAUUUGUGAAAGGGGUCGGUCCUGUCCGUCUCUAUUGCUGUGUCUCGAUGUAUCUCAAUAUAUAAGAUCUGUCAAAUGACGUGAAAUAAACCGAUCGAGCCUUUGGGAAGGCAGAAUAGUUGUAUCGCGCCGACAUCGAACGAUUCGAACUUUCAAACAAGGAAUAAAAUUCGUUCUCUCUCGUCUUUGCGGGAGACGCCG